AUCGCAAUUACGGGGCAGUGCUGGUGCCGUUUGUCUGUACACUGUCCUCAGCGGUUGGGACGUCAAAAUGUCAAAUACCCGGACCGGCAACCAUAUCCCGUGAGGCGCGCCCACCAUUUUCCAGUACCGCAAGUUCGCAACUACCCCCUCGACAUACGAACGUGGUUCAGAGCACUUGAGCGUUCGCCUCACUGCAAUACGUGCCGCCAUCUGACGACCCCCGCGCAUCGAUCGAGCUAGAGUGCUAGACAUGGCCGUGUCGGAGCUUGAGGUCGACGGCGUCGUCUUCCCGCCGCUCGAGCGGCCCCCGGGCUCCGCCCACGCUCACUUCCUCGCCGGCGCCGGGGUGCGAGGGAUGGACAUCGGGGGCAACUUCAUCAAGUUCACGGCCAUCGGCGUGUACCUCCAGGCCGACGCCGCCGUGUCCUCGCUCGCCGCCAAGUGGGCCGCCAAGCCCGCCGCCGACCUCGCCGCCGACGCCGCCUUCUUCCGCGACGUCGUCACAGGCGAGUUCGAGAAGUUCACGAGGGUGACGAUGAUCCUGCCGCUGACGGGGGCGCAGUACGCGGAGAAGGUGACGGAGAACUGCGUCAAGUACUGGCAGGCCACGGGCGCGUACACGGACGCCGAGGCCGCCGCCGUGGAGAAGUUCAGGGAGGCAUUCCAGCCCCACAGCUUCGCUCCCGGCGGCUCCAUACUCUUCACCCACUCCCCCGCCGGCGUCCUCACCGUGGCGUUCUCGAAGGACUCGUCGGUGCCGGCGUCGGGCGCGGCGGCGAUAGAGAACAGGCCGCUGUGCGAGGCCGUGCUGGAGUCCAUCAUCGGCGAGCACGGGGUCUCGCCGGCGGCCAAGCUCAGCCUCGCCACCAGGGUCGCCGAGCUCCUCAAGGCGGCAGAGCCCGUGUCCGUUUCGUUGUGAAUUACUCCGUCACCGGUGGGUGGCCUGUUGUGUUGUGUUGUGUGGUGGGAUCCCGUUGUGUUGGCGGUGUCCGUGGUGAGUGAGAUGCGGCUUUUAUGUACCGUUCCUUUGUCUUGUCACUGGGCAUGCAUGUAAACCAUGGCCAACUUUUGAAUAAAAAAUGCAACUGUUAUGAGUUGCUGUGAAUUGAUCA